AUGUCGUUGUUUCAGUCCCUGCGAGCGCAGCGGUCCGGCAGAGACCCCGUGUGUGUGCGUGAUGUAUUGUCGUGGUCGCAGCCCCCGCUGAAAAUGAGCAACGAGGAGUCUCAGCAGCUGCGGGAACUCAACACACUCUCUGGUGAGCAAUUUGAUUUACUCAAGCAUAUCGUGGGAGCGUGGGAACGUGGCGAUUUUGUUGCCGUUAACCGAUGGCUGCAGGAGUGUAAUGCUUACUUUGAUCCAAAUAAACCACAUCUUUUGGUGUAUUUCGUCGGUCUUGGCGGUAUUGAUUUGUUUGUCACUCUUUUGUGUGAUGUGAACGUGUCAACACAUUCUAGAAAAGGAAAAUUACACAUAAAUACUACUGGGAAAGAUUUGGCAUUUCCACGAGAAUUUGUUGCUGCUAUUGCAUCUUUAAUGCGUGUACUGACAGAGUUAUUAGUAUGUCAAAAUGAAUUAGGGUGGUAUUAUUAUGAUCACUACCCUGGUUUCUUUUUUCAAUUACUGGAGUUAGCAAGAGUCCCAGAUCUUCGAUUUGCGGCUUUAGUUAUGUUGGAGCACCUAGUUCUUAGUGUUGGACCUGUGUUGGAAAUAUCAAAAAUUCCAUUACUGCAAGAGUUGAUUCGUACGGAAGAUGACGCAACGCUUGCUAUUUUAUGUCGUGUUAUAGCAUUACUCAUCGUACCAGGUGUAGUACUAAAUCAACGCGAGUCUCCACAUCAACGUCUCCUUUUUCCAGAAACACUUUUACCACUUCAACGUAUUCAACGUGUAAUUGACAGUAAUGUACUUUGGCUUAUAGGAGAAAAAGGACUUGUUAAGCGAUUAGUAGCAUUAUGUGAAGUAGGUGUAUCUAAUGAUGAUCCUCCCGUAUAUCAUGGGGAUCAAUCUUUUUUAUCUCCUGUGGGUUCUUUUAUGCAACCACUUCUUCGAGAUUGGUACACUACCGCUAUUGCUCCAAUGCCAUCUAUAGCUGCAGGAGUAACUCCCAAUAUCUUUGCUGGUUUAGAUCUUGUUCAAUUUCCCUUUACUGUCUCUCGUAUGGUUAGCCGCGCUAAUGGAAAUGAUAAUACCGGAGAUCGCACAGACUGGCGUGGAUCUAGUGGGUUCGCUACUGUCACCACAACCGCAUCUGGAGCCGCGGCAUCUACUGUAGAAGCCGCAUCCAUGAUUCCACCAAGUCAAGAAGAUUUUAUUUCCAUGACAGAUAUCUCAUUACAAGAGGCACUUGGUAAUACAAUGGCGGCCUGGGCGGAGGAUGAUGCCACCUCUGUUCCUUCGGUCGCCGCUGUGGGUUCAAAUGUGGACUUCAGUUGGUUUGUUGGAUGUGCAGAUGCCAAACAACGAUGGCGUAUGCGGGAUUUAACACUACGCGCAGAAGUAGAUGACAAUCGUCCAUUACUCUGCGGGUUUGGACCUGUUACUGAUAAAACAGCGUAUGAGGCAUUUCAACAACAAAGCGCUGUCUUUUGGAAGUUGCUUAAACCGAUUAUGCGACACCAUGUAAUGCCCAAUCGAACACAGAUUAUUGUCAGUGCACAGAGUGAGAUAUUAUUUGUAUUAAAUUUGAUGUUAUCAACAUUCUUUUUUGGUGAUGUCUGGUGUACAUUACGGGAGUGUCAGUGGAUUAAAGUAGCAAAUAAGUUUUACGAUGCAGCAUUCGAGUCACGUGCUUCACAUAAUGCUAUUUCACCAUAUUUUGAAAAUUUAAGACAGUCUUCAGAACUGCAUCAACUUCCACGUUUCUUAACGUCAAGUGAGUGUAGAGAGGGAACAGAGGUAGUAGAAGAGGUGCUGCAACCUAAUGAAAAUGAUAAUUACCAUAACAAUAGCAAUAAUAACAGUAGAGACAUCAAUAAUGUCAACAGUAGUUAUAAUAAUGAACAUGAUAAGGAACGACUACCCAUCGCAAUGCAGGUAGGUGAAGAUACUGAAGCGUACAUGCGACAUGGUACACUUCAUGGAGUUUCUGAUGAUAGUGAUGGAUUUGAUGAUAAAAUUCAUCAACAUGAACCUAAUACUAUUAGAAAACUUGAAUUAUUACGAGGAGUACAAGAAUUUUGGAAUGCACAAGAUCGUCGAGAAUGCUUUAUGCUUCUUGAAGGUGACACAUCUGAACAAUCUGCCCCACUUGCAAUGAAAAUUGCUAUUACAUUAGCUGAACGAGGUGAAGAUAGUUGUGUAGAGACAUCUGCAUGUCAUGCUCUUGAAGGGUAUUUACGUUGUUUUUCUUUUGUAAUUAGAGAAAAAGCAGCGGCAAAUUCACCACAAAGUGUAUUAGGAGAGGUACUCAUGGGUUCUAUUCUUGAACAUCGUGUUUAUAAUGCUACUUAUGUGCCUGGUCUUAGUGGAUCACUUUCUCCAUCUAAACGUAUUGAUAGUUUCUUUGCCUUACUUGGAGAACUUAUUCGUUAUCACCACAAAAAUCUUACACUUUUACAGAAUUAUGUAAUGGGAUUCGUUUCACUACAGCAUCUUAAUGGUCCCACUGCAAUUUCUUCAUCUAAUAGUCGUCACGUUCAUGCUACAUCUGCACAGAUGGAACAGUUACUGCGUUUACCUCCAUUAGAUCGUCAAGAGCAUGAACCCUUUGCAAAGGUUCUAAUGAGACGUAUAUAUCGUCAUGGAUGUGAUACUAAUCUUUUUGUGCGUAGUCUUUUACUUUCUUUAACACCUGGAUUACGUUCAAAGAUGAAUUAUGUGUGGAAACCGGUAACACCGUUUACGGUAGAUGCAAAAGAAUCAUUGGAUGGUAUUGCCCGUAUUGGGGAUAUUGUAACAGGUCACCCUAAUAGACUUAGUUAUAUUGGAAAAAAUUCAAGACGUUUCAUCGCUAUUCUCAGUGAGAGAAAACGAGCAAAAGAUAAUAAGGAAUCUGGAGAAGUGAAUUUCCCUUCAGAAUCUGAAGCAGCAGUAUUUGGCAAUUAUUCUUCUACUACUACUUCUUCUUCUUCUUUUGAUAUUCCUUCCAAUAUGAAAACGACUGCCAUGGCUAACGACUCUACUGUUUCCUCUUCUUCAUCCUUUUUGUCAUUAUGGGAUAUGCUACAAAUACUACUGCGUGCUCCUCAUCGUCUCUUGCUUGGAGAAAGACCAUUUCCCCGUUUCUUUGAUGAUUUUGAUCGGGAUAUUAUUAUGGGUAAAAUAGAAUUACCCCCUAUUGGACCACCACCCCACCUUGUCGUACCACUCUAUCCUGAGAUGGAAGGUACGGAGAAUGGGGGUUUGGCUUCACUCAUUGGUCUUGAGAAAACUCUUCUGCAAGAACCACAUAAAUUGGUAUAUGGUAUGUUGGGACCCUUAAAUGCAGAGAGAAUUCAAAAUGCAGGACGACUUUGUGUAGUGACCACAUGUGUUUUGUUAUUUGUUCGUGCUGCUCGUUUAGGAGGUGCAGAGGCGGUGCAUGAUAUUCUUAAAAAACUAAGACCACAAGCAUUAGCAGGUUAUAAAAAGUGGAAAAAAGAACGCGAUGCACCAAUGCAUUGCAGCAAACGAAAACUUCAAAGAGGAAGGUCAACUGUAAGAAAAGAAGAAGUAGAAAAAGAAGCGGUAGAAGGAACAGAAGGAGGUAUUCUUCCUAAUCAUUCCCACUCUGAAAGAAGUUCCUGUUUAUGUACGGCAAGUGAUGGGGCCGAUCGAUGUUCAUCUUUUCUCUUAUAUGGUCAUUGUGCACCGAGAAGUGCGGGUGAAGAGUAUUACUAUCGCUAUGGUGGUUGUUUCUUCCGCAACAUGUUUCGACUGAUGUGUGUGUGGGUGGGACACUACGGUGCCUGUCAGCGCUACGUGGAGACCCUUUACUACUGCACAGAGGUUCCAUUCGCGGAGUCCAAGUGCGUGGUGCUGUACUUAAUGCGUAUUCUUCCAGACUACUUUCUGUAA